AUCCAGGAGGACGAGCUGAAGGAGGCGGUUCUUCUGGUGUUUGCUAACAAACAGGAUCUUCCCAACGCCAUGGGGGUCAGUGAACUCACCGACAAGCUGGGACUACACAGCCUACGCAGCAGAACUUGGCAUGUGCAGGCGACCUGUGCCACGCAGGGCACCGGUCUGUACGAGGGUCUUGAUUGGCUGUCCAACGAGCUGUCGAAGCGCUAACGCCUCACAGGAAACAGGAAGCAGCAGACUGAUGAUGUCAUCACUGAGGGCCUUGUACAGAGACGAAGACGAGGAACUGUUUUUGUUUUUUUAAAUUAUAAAUGUGUCUGUCUGUAGGAGGAAGUGAUGUCAUGGACUCUGAGCUCAUCCUCUUCUUCUUCUGUUCUUCCUAAAGAGGUUUCCUAAAUGGUUUUUUUUUUUUUUAUUCGCAUGUUUUAACUCUGAAUCAUGUGACAGGAAGUGAUGGAAUGGGAGGGGCGGGGCUUAAGAUAGCUGACAGUUUCCUGUGGUCGGGGGGCGGGGCUUAACUAAUUAAGUAUGGGGGGUUAACUCAUUCCACAGAGCGUGCCGCGGCGUCAUUCCUCAACAAUGUGAAGAAGAAGAAGCAGCAGCGAGACGAUGAUGCAAUAAAGGUUUCUUUCUUCUCA